AUGUCGACACUAUACAAGACCUUGAGCGGCGAGAGCUCUAAGCCCGAGAAGACCGAGAAGAAGGACGAUGGAGUGACCAACAAGCAGCGAGUGCUGAUCAUCACUUCUCGAGGAGUGACCUUCCGACAAAGACAUCUCAUCAGCGAUCUCCAGACCAUGCUUCCCCAUGGUCGAAAGGAGUCCAAGCUCGACACCAAGUCCAAGUUGUACCAACUCAACGAGAUUGCUGAGAUGUACAACUGCAACAACAUUCUGUACUUUGAGGCCCGAAAGCAUAUGGAUCUGUACAUGUGGAUGGCCAAGGCUCCCAACGGUCCCACCGCCAAGUUCCACAUCCAGAACCUGCAUACCAUGGACGAGCUCAACUUCACCGGCAACUGUCUGCGAGGAUCUCGACCUAUUCUGUCCUUCGACAGCAGCUUUGACGACACCCCUCACAAUGCCGUGAUCAAGGAGAUGCUGACGCAGACCUUUGGUGUCCCCAAGGGUGCCAGAAAGUCCAAGCCCUUCUUCGACCACGUCUUCACCUUUUCGCUGGUGGACAACAAGGUCUGGUUCCGAAACUACCAGAUCCAGGAGACUGUCAACGAAGAAAACCCCCGAGAGACCGACAUUUCUCUGGUUGAGAUUGGUCCCCGAUUUGUCAUGACUCUCAUCACCAUGCUUGAGGGCUCUUUUGGAGGCCCCGUAAUUUUCGAGAACAAGCAGUAUGUGUCCCCUAACACUGUCCGAUCGCAGAUGAAGCAGCAGGCCGCUGAGCAGGCCGCCAGCCGAGCCGAGGCUGCCUUCAAGCGAAAGGUCAAGGUCAGAGAUGCUGUUAUUGCUGCUGACCCUCUCGCUGACUCUGUGAUUUUCAAGUAA